AUGAUCAAUUCCCGUCCCUCAUCCCUUUCCCCCUUUUCCCUGUCCCCCAUUUUCCUUGUUCCCCCUUUCCCCGUUCCCCCCUUUUCCCUGUUCCCCCUUUCCCCCUGUUCCCCCUUUUCCCUGUUCCGCCUUUUCCCGUUUCCCCCUUUACCCGUUUCCCCCUUUUCCCUGUUCCCCUUUUCCCUGUUCCCCCUUUUCCCCGUUCCCCCUUAUCCCCGUUCCCCCUUUUCCGUGUUCCCCCUUUUCCCUGUUCCCCCUUUUCCCCGUUCCCCCUUUUCCCCGUUCCCCCUAUUCCCCGUUCCCCCUUUUCCCCGUUUCCCCUUUUCCCCGUUCCCCCUUUUCCCCGUUCCCCCUUUUCCCCGUUCCCCCUUUUCCCCGUUCCCCCUUUUCCCCGUUCCCCCUUUCCACGUUCCCCCCUUCCCCAUUCCCUGGCCUGUGCUCCCAGGGCUGCCUGGCUGCUGCCUCCAGCCCGCCAGCUACGAGUGA